AGGACCGAGCGGUCUGGACUCAUGUGGACCUGAGCCCUCACCGGAUCAGCCGCCGCACGCUGUGGCACCUGGUGCGGCACCGCCUCCCCGACAGCCUGUGCACGCUGCGGAUGCGGGGCGCGCCGCGCUCCGGCGGCAAGCAGCGGCUCCUGUCGCCGGCGCUGCUGGCCGCCCUUCGGAAGCGCUGCCCGCAGCUCCACCGGCUGUGCCUGACCGAGACCGACCUCCGCCAUGUCCCCUACGAGAGCAUGCCCGCCUCUGUCACCACGCUGGAGCUGAGCCUCUGCGACAUCCCCGACGCUUGGUUCUGCGUCUCCCCUUCGGUGCCACCACCGCAGGUACAACACCUCGCUAUCCACAGCGUUCCCACCUUUUCUGACCAUCAUCUUCUUGACAUUUCCUCACAGAACCGCUUGAAGACACUGAGCCUUUGCGGCACCUACCGCAUCACUGAUAGGGGGAUCCAAGCAGCAGCUCCACACCUGGAAGAGCUCGAACGCCUGACUCUGCGGCACUGCAUCAUCGGUGAUGCCGCCAUGGUGUUCAUCGGGCGCCACAUGAAGCAGCUCCGCUACCUGGAGAUCAGCAACGCCUACUUCCUCACAAACAGGGGGCUGGUCGCUAUCGUGACCCUGGAGCACCUGGAGACCCUGUGCCUUGACCUCUAUGAUUUGGUCUCCCUUGGUACUGUUAUCGCUCUGUUGCAAGUGCUGCCUCGCCUGAACCACCUCAAAUUAGGUGGAACUUGCUUUGAAGAUGAACUCCUCGAUAAAAUUCAGGAGAAUUUUCCACAUUGCACCAUAUCUCACACUCCAUGACCACCUGAAGUGCUAUUCUUCCUUAGUACACCUGAAGUGCUCCUUUUUUCUUUUAAAGCCUAUUUUUCUGUACAUAGCUUUGUGACAGAAUUCCCAUUGGCCUUAAAAUAUUACUUUUUAUCAUAUAAAUAUAGUAAAGAGCUUGUAAUUCACAUGACAAGCUUGUUAACAAGCUUUUUGUAGGAUUCCCUCCUCCUUGUUUUCCAUGGAUCAGAGGAAUAGGAAAGCACACCCAGACUUUAGGAACCCCACUGACCAAAAACUGGCUGGGGCGAUGACAAGUUUAAGCUCUGUUUUCUCCUCUUUCUCCGCUGACAAGGAUUAGGCAGAGCUUAAUGAGUGCAGAAUUCAAGGAGUAAAGUGAGGCAUCCUUCUGUCACAGAAAAACCAGACCUAGCAGCCAGAACCUCACCAUUCCUUCUCCUUUCCUUCAAAUUCAGAUCUUCAGGUCAGACUGGUCAUGAGGAUUCCUGAACACCUGGUCCCAAGAGCCAGACAUCCCUUUUGCCCCCAGGCAUUGCUGAGGUUACCUCUGGGUUUUGCUGGUAACCUCCACAUUUUCUCAUCAUCUUUUACCGUCUGCAUUCACAUACUCUUCCUCCCCCAUUCCCCAAUAUCCUAACACCAUAAAACCACCUAAAUGUUAUUAAUUUUUAGUCUAUAUUUUAAAGCAAAUAUUGUAUUUAUUUUUAAAAUCUUGC